AUGUCACGAACACACAAGCCUAGCACCGCUUUAGCCGAAAGAACUUCUAUAGAUGACUAUGAUUCAUUUUUGCUUCCUAUUUACACUUAUUUCGCAGAAUACGAGGACCACCGGGAGCGACUUCGCAUGAGACAGAUUUAUUGGAUUCCCACCAGCCAUGAUGAAUUGCAGGGCAAUGGAGUUGUAUUUCUGAGCCAAGUGCACAAACUGAUGGCCGAUGGAAAGACAUUUCCCAAACCCAAGGAAGGGUUGCGAACAAUGUUUCACAUCAACUCCAAAAAUCGCCAUGGGCUUUUCAAAUCAAUCGAUUUAUUAUAUCUUGGCAAAUCUAUCUGGAGCAAAAUGAGCGGACGCCAUCAGGUGGGCAUUUUGCGUUUCUGGGAGACGAGAGAGAUGUAUCUAAACGGUAUAGCCUUUCUUGAUCUUCUAAAGGAAGAUAGAAUCAUUGAGGAUAGUUACGAAUCUUCAAAAGUGUACUUUCAGAGAGACUUUGAAAACGAAUGUAAAGAGAUGCGCGAGAAAAUGAAAAAACUCAAAGCCGCACAGCUGGGAAAUAUUAGUCCAAACCAAAAAGAUGCGAAGAAAUCGCACCCUGGAUAG